GGAUUUCUGGAGUCGAUCGAAGGGAGGGCGUUGAUGGCGGAGGCGGAGAAGAAGAGGGAGGCGGUGAUGGCGGAGGAGGAGAAGAAGAGGGAGGCGGGGAGACACGAGCUUGCGGAAUCCUUGGCCGAUCUCUUCACCAGUAUAUCCGCCAUGAUCAAAGGCGAACUCGAGGGAACAAAUAAUCAACUAUUGCUUCUGGAAAAAAUGAACCAGAGAGUAGCUGAGGAAUACAAUGGAUAUGGAGAUGUUGCAGCUGGCCUGAGAGUCUUUGUUGAGCAACUAUGUGAGAAAAAUCAUGGAUUUGAAGAGUAUGUCCAGCAAAUUGAGAAGAUAGACCAGCAACUUACUGAAUUUGAAGCUGUUGUAUCAAUGCUUGAUAAAUAUGUUUCUUUACUUGAAAAGAAGGUACAAUCUGCACAUCAUAAUCUUCCUACUUAAACUUUGAUUUGCAAGUUUAAGUAAUCAUAUUUUUUCCUUUCUGAAUCAGUCAUUAAAAUUGAUGCUUGUUUGGAGCCUUUGGGCCGUCUCUUGUUCACCAGUGGUAAUACUAAUGACAAAGAACGUUUUCUUUUUGCUGUAACAUAUUGUGUUUUAGAUGGUUGACAAAGUGUAUCACACUAAUUAUAUAUAACCUUUUUGACCUUUGAUCAGAGAAGAGAAGGUUUGUGAACUUAUGGUGAUAUGAACCAGAGAUUUAGUUUUUCAUUCUCAGCUAAUAAGUCUUCAAGCAGUCUAUCGAGAAAGCACAUAAGAACAUUAGAAUGUAGUGGAUCUUUUUUUCGUUUGAGCUACUGUAAUAAUAUGAUACUGUUGUGAAAUUCUGCAUCAAUCGAAAUAGAAAAUAUUCUUCGUAUCAAUAAUAAUUAUUAAAAUAUUUUUAAUCAUAAGUAGCUAAUAAAAGUUCAGUUUAUUGUCUUUUUCUUCGCUAUUGCUACUUGAAUUAUCCUUCUUAUUUUUGAGCAUCGAAGGAUCAAAAUUAAAUAGACACGGUUAAAAUUAAACUUAAUCUUAUGAAUAAAAAGUUUUAAUUUUUUUAGAAUAAAAUAGAUAUAAUCUAAAAAGUUAAAAAGACUUGUUAAUUUUUAUCUUUCUUUUAUGCAUAUAAUAUAAUAUUCUUAUUUUCUAUAAAUAGACCAGAAAAUAUAGAUCAGAGUGAUUGAGUGGUAAACGAAUGCUACCGAUAAAGUAUUUGGAUAAAAGGUAAUGUGUAUCUAAGUAGUAUCUUAGCUGGAAAAAGUUGUUAUAUUGAUAUACUUCCUAUACCAAAUACAUCACAUAGUUACGUCAUCAUCCUCCUCGUCGAUAUGUAACUCUUCCGUGUAUGGAAUGUACCUACUUCGCUAAAUUACUUAUCGAUAGAGGAGGAAGGCGAUUAAAUGGAGUCGGCGUCAAGAUCUAGCGGGGACGAAGACGAGCCUGGGAGAUCUCUGGGAUCAUCUCAAAGAGGUUUGCUUGAGACAUAAAUAGUCUAUUCACGGCUCAAAUCUAUUCUGCUAAACGGUUCUAAAGAGGGAAGAUGGGGGAAGGAGAGGGCGGCGGACUAAACUGCAGCUGCUAACGGAUGAAACUACAGUAGCAGAUGACGUUGUCGACGGCGACAAACGGAGCUGUAACAUCGGACGGAACGAACGACGGCGGUGGGCGGAGCGAACGAAGGUUUCUGACCAUAAUUUCACAAGUAGUAGCUAGUAUGGGAUUAGAUCAGUCUGAAGCCAGCAUUUCUGUGCAAAUCAGCCUCAGUAGACGUGCAAUCAGAAGACCUACCGGUACUAACAUGCUGAACACAAAGGGAAAUGGUUUGACUAUUUUACACCAAGACUCCUCGUGAUAACAAAUUGGCUUUAGAGCACUCCUAAGUCCGCUUAAAUGUCUGGAACCUCACUUUUUUUCCAUCCACCAUUGAUCACCGUGAUGAAAGAUCCUAUCUGGCAAUCAGGUGGCAGAAAAUUGCUUAGUCAGCUUCAAGGUAGCACAGGAGAUGACAUGUCUGACAAGUUAUCCAAGAAAAUUGGAAGGAUACCUCUUGUGUGUUGAUUCUUUUGCACGAUGACUCCUUGCAAGUUACUCCUGAAGAACUCCUGGUUCGUUGGAAUUUCCUCUGACCUCUUUGUGUUCAUCCACCAUGAUCGUAGACUCAUGAUUACAUUGUCCGGUCAACUGUGCUGAGAGAGCAAAACUGGGGAGUCUGAACAAGCUGGAAAGAGGUGAAAGGUCGAUACCAGCUAUGCCGGUGAUGCUCUAAGAGCCUCUUUGUUCUUUUUUGGUAUUUGCAUAUUCCUUGAAGAGUUUUAUAAUGACAUGUCUGAGUUCUUGUGGCCUUCA